CAACUAAAACAUUAAACGAGUAAAAGAAAUUACAAAUAAAAUUAGUUUCUUACCGCGACAAAGUGCGGGCCAAAAAAUUAGUAAACAAUAAUAGAACAAUCCAAUCCCCCCUUCUUUCCUUCCCUCGUUUAUUCAUCAUCGCCUUCGGCUCGUCCAUCUUUCUUAUUCGAAGUUCCACCCAAACCCCCACCCCCAAAUACGUGUAGAAAGACAGAAUCGCUUAGUGAUCUCCACCGCCGGCGGCCCCCCACACUUGGUCUGCUCCCCCGCCGUCCCCGUCUGAUGAGCAACGACAACGCCGCCCCUUCCUCCAGUUCCGCUGCUGCCAAUGGAUCCGCCGAUUCUGCUGCUCCCAGGCGCAAUUCCAAGCGACCUAAAUAUUCUAAGUUUACACAACAGGAACUUCCUGCUUGCAAGCCGAUUCUCACGCCAGGAUGGGUGAUCUCCGCUUUCCUGCUGGUCAGCGUCAUCUUCGUUCCAAUUGGAGUUGCUUCCUUGUUUGCUUCCAGAGAUGUUGUUGAGGUCGUUGACCGCUAUGAAACCGCAUGUAUUCCUGCUCAAAACAGAACUAACAAGGUUGCAUAUAUCCAGAGUUCUGCCAAUAAAAUAUGCGUCAGAACCCUGACAGUUCCAAAGCGUAUGAAGGCACCUAUUUAUAUUUACUACGAGCUUGAUAACUUCUACCAGAAUCACCGCAGGUAUGUGAAGAGCAGAAACGAUAUGCAAUUGAGAAGUAACAGUAGUCAGGACGAUACAAGUAAUUGUAAGCCUGAAGAUCUGAUUAAUGGAACAGCUAUUGUGCCAUGUGGUCUUAUAGCUUGGAGUUUAUUUAAUGAUACCUAUAGCUUCUCUCGUGGAAAUGAAUCGUUGAAUGUGAAUAAGAAGGACAUUUCAUGGAAGAGCGACAGAGACCACAAGUUUGGUGACAAUGUUUUCCCAAAGAAUUUCCAGAGCGGAGGACUCAAAGGUGGUGGGAGUCUCAACGAAUCGAAACCGCUUAGCGAGCAGGAGGAUCUCAUUGUGUGGAUGAGAACUGCAGCUCUACCAACUUUCAGAAAGUUGUAUGGGAGGAUAGAGGUGGAUCUCAACAGAGGUGAUACAAUAAAUGUUACAUUGGGCAACCACUACAAUACCUACAGUUUCAAUGGCAAGAAGAGACUUGUGCUUUCAACAACAAGCUGGCUCGGGGGGAAGAAUGACUUUCUCGGCAUUGCUUACCUUACAGUUGGAGGGUUAUGCCUGUUCUUGGCAGUAUGUUUCAUCAUAGUGUAUCUUGUGAAACCCAGGCGGCUUGGAGACCCCUCUUAUCUAUCAUGGAACAGAAGUCCUGGAGGACGUUAAAAGGAAGAGAGGCGGCACCUUUGGUAGAACGAACUUAAUGGGGCUAACCCAAAUAUGCCUGAUGUAUCCAUUUAAUGUGUUUGAGAAAGAUGUUAAAAGGCCAACUUGUUCGGUGUAAUUUCUUAUAUGUUUUGUGAAGGCAAGGAGUUCAUGUAUAAUUUCCAGGAAUAG